CUACAAUAUACUAAAUCCUGACCCAUCAUCCAUAACUUGUAUCAUACAACCACCCCCAUCCAACCAACAUAUAUCCCAUCCAGCCUAGUCCUGUGAGUCAACACAUUCAGUGAGAGACAUCAUGCCCGAAAUCAUCCUCUACACCUACUUCCGCUCCUCCUGCUCCGCCCGCCUGCGCAUCGCCCUAAACCUCAAAUCUCUAAAAUACACACCCGUCUACAUCAACCUCCUCAAGAACGAACAACACUCCCCGGAGAACCUGGCCCGCAACCCUUCGGGCACGGUGCCUACCCUGCUCCUUCUCAACUCCCCGGACUCCGCCAGUCCAGAAGAGGAGGGAGGAAGGUCCGCCGGCACUGUCAAAAUCACCCAGUCCCUGCCCGCCCUCGAAUACCUUGACGAAGCCUUCCCGGACACACUCCCCCUCCUCCCCGCCAACCCAGAGACCAAAGCCCUCGUGCGCAGCCUCGCGGCUAUCAUCGCCUGCGACGUGCAGCCUGUCACGAACCUCCGGAUCCUGAAGCGCGUGGAGGCGGUUGGCGGGGACCGCGCGGCGUGGUCGAGGGAGUUGAUCGAGGAGGGGUUGGCGGCGUAUGAGGCGGUUAUUGCUGUGCCGGGGGUGAGUGGGUUGUAUAGUGUGGGGGAUGAGGUGACGGUGGCGGAUGUUUGUUUGGUGCCGGCGGUUUGGGGGGCGGAGAGGGUUGGGGUGGAUGUGAAGGGGAGGUUUCCGGUGGUGGCCGGGGUGGUGGGGAGGUUGGAGGGGCUGGAGGGGGUCAGGAGAGCGCAUUGGGGGAGGCAGGGAGAUACCCCGGUCGAACUUAGGGUUGAGUAA